GAGGGGCGGGACCUAGGAUAUCCUAUGUCAUCAACUCAAGGCGCUUUGUUGUUCUUUCGGGACAGAAAGACGGGAAAUUUUAUUUGAAUUAGUUGUGAAGUGUCCGGGUUAAGCGAAGAUAACACUUAACUUGGUCCAAUAUAAUCAUAAGCCGUCCAUGUGUGGAGCUAAAUCGAUGUCGUCUGGUGAAAAGUUGCGCAUUUGUGGGACUUAAUCAUCUCAGCAGCGAGCUAGCAUUAGUCUCUCCGGGAGGGUGUCCAGAUUGGAGCGGAAGGAAUUCAGGCACUGGAAAGACGGGGAGAAAUCUUCUGGGAUGCCUCACGCAAGUUGGGAAAAACUGUAUUUUACAGUCCCGCCUGGAAUCACGGCACUAUAAACCUGAAGUAUGUGUUCGCUUGACUGAUACCAAAUUGCAGGAGCUAUUUGAUGGUGGUUUUGUAACCGUUAACGUGCCAGUUUAGCAAGUUAGCCACGUAGCUACGUAGCCUUCAGUAGGAAGACAUUUAAAAUGGCGGAGAGUUGGCCCAUUCUUUCGGCCCUCGUCUUCAUACUAUUCGGUCUUAGUGCCUGGGCCUCUGAGUCUUGCCCUGCUCCUUGCUCGUGUUCAGAAGGACAAGGUGAGGUCCGUGUUCUGGACUGCAACAGGAGAAGACUGUCAGCACCUCCCCUGGACACACCAGAUGGGAUAACCCAAGUCACCAUGAAUCACAAUGAGCUGGCUGCUCUUCCUUUUCUAGGAGAUGGUUCCUCAAACAUUACCUCACUAUCAUUAGUCCACAAUCGGAUCACAGAACUGUCAAUGCAUCAGCUGCAGCCAUAUGUUUCCUUGGAGACGCUGGACCUGACAUCCAAUUCCAUAUCUGAGCUCAAAGUUGGAUCCUUCCCCUACAUGCAGCUGAAAUAUCUGAAUUUGAGUAAUAACAAGAUCAGUGUCCUCGAGCCUGGCUGCUUUGAAAACAUCUCCAGCUCCCUGCUGGUGCUGAGGCUGAACAGGAACAGAUUAGCUGUGCUGCCAUCCAAAGUCUUCAGACUUCCUCAGCUUCAGUUCCUUGAAAUGAAGCGUAACAAGAUUAAGGUAGUGGACAGCCUAACAUUCAAAGGGAUGGACUCACUGAAAUCAUUGAAGAUGCAGAGGAAUGGCAUCACUAAGCUCAUGGAUGGAGCCUUUUUUGGGCUUAACAGCAUUGAAGAACUAGAGUUGGAGCACAACAACUUAACUGAGGUCAAUAAAGGCUGGCUGUAUGGCCUGCGCAUGCUGCGUAUCCUGCGGGUCAGCCAGAAUACUGUCGGCAUCAUUCGACCAGACGCCUGGGAGUUUUGCCAAAAGCUGGAGGAACUAGACUUGUCCUUCAAUCAUUUGACUAGACUUGAGGAGACAGCUUUCGUAGGAUUAGGUUUCUUGGAGAGCCUGAACCUGGGAGAGAACUCCAUCAGCCAUUUGGGAGAAGGAGUAUUCAGUGGCCUUGCAAGUCUGCGCACCCUAGAUAUCCGCAACAAUGAAAUCUCUUGGGCCAUUGAAGACUCCAUUGGUGUAUUCGAUGGAAUGAAGAAGCUGAACACACUAAUCCUACAGCGGAACAAAAUAAAAUCAAUCACUAAGAAAGCGUUUGAAGGCCUGGAGGAGCUGGAGCACCUGGACCUCAGCAAGAAUGGCAUCAUGUCAAUACACCCCGAGGCGUUGUCCCAUAUGAAGCUCAAAGUGUUUGUCCUGAACACAAGCAGCUUGCUGUGUGACUGUCACAUGCAGUGGUUGGGGCCUUGGCUGACUGACAGUCCGUUGCAGCAGUCUGUCUCUGCUGUCUGUGCUCAUCCUGCGAGUCUGCUUGGUCGCAACGUCCUGUCCAUCAGUCCUGAAGAGUUUGUUUGUGAUGAUUUCCCCAAACCUCAGAUCACAACUCACCCAGAGACAUCUGUGGCACUGCGGGGGAACAAUGUGACUCUGAGCUGUGUUGCCUCUAGCAGCAGCGAUUCGCCAAUGACCACAGCUUGGCGGAAGGAUGGGGAGGUGCUGUAUGAUGCAGAAGUGCAAAACUAUGCCCGGUACCAGGAGGGAGAACUGAUCUACACCACUAUGCUUCACCUCCUCAAUGUCAACUUUACUGAUGAGGGGCGCUACCAGUGUGUGGUCUCCAAUCACUUUGGCUCCAACUACUCCAACAGGGCCAAACUUACAGUCAAUGAGCUGCCAUCCUUUCUUAAGACUCCCAUGGAUUUGACGAUCCGGACUGGGACUAUGGCCAGGCUGGAGUGUGCUGCUGAAGGCCAUCCAUCACCCCAGAUUGCUUGGCAGAAGGAUGGAGGCACUGACUUUCCUGCUGCCCGAGAACGAAGGAUGCACGUGAUGCCGGAUGAUGACAUCUUCUUCAUUGCUAACGUGAAGACUGAAGACAUGGGGGUGUACAGCUGCACGGCUCAAAAUGCAGCUGGCAGCCUGUCGGCAAAUGCUACUCUUACUGUCCUGGAAACUCCAUCCUUCAUGCGGCCACUGGAAGACAGAACAGUGGCCCGUGGUGAAACUGCUGUGCUUCAGUGUAUAGCUGGAGGCAGCCCAGCCCCCCGUCUCAACUGGACCAAAGAUGACGGACCUCUGGUCCUCACAGAGCGCCACUUCUUUGCUGCCGCCAACCAGCUUCUUAUCAUAGUAGAUGCAGGUCCUGCUGAUGCUGGGAAAUACACCUGCAUCAUGUCUAAUACUCUGGGAACAGAGCGUGGCCACAUCUACCUCAGCGUCUCACCAUCACCAAACUGCGAUACGGGUGCAGGGUAUGACCAGGACGGCUGGACCACUGUGGGCAUUGUGGUGAUUGUGGUGGUGUGCUGUGUGGUUGGAACCUCACUGGUCUGGGUCAUUGUCAUCUAUCACAUGCGCAGAAAGAGCGAGGACUACAGUAUCACAAACACAGAUGAGAUGAAUUUACCAGCAGACAUCCCCAGCUACCUGUCCUCUCAGGGCACAUUGUCAGAGCCUCAGGAAGGCUACAGUAAUUCUGAGGCUGGCAGCCACCAGCAGCUCAUGCCCCCUCUCUCCAAUGGAUACAUCCAUAAGGGGUCAGAUGGUGUGUGUUAUGGAGACACGGGCAGUGAGGUGGAAACUGAGGGGAAUGGCAUGCUGCACUGCAGGGUUGGCUCUCUGUUCACUGGCCGUAGCAGCUUCCACCCUGGGGAGCCUCGUGAGGGACUAGCUGGAGUCCCCACAGGUGGUGCAGGUCCGCUGGUCAUCUGCUCAGACUGCUAUGACAAUGCCAACAUUUACUCUCGCACACGGGAGUACUGCCCCUACGCCUUUCUGGGGGAGGAUGACCCGCUGGACAGAACUCUACCAGGCCUGAAGGAGAGCUUCAGUUCGCAUGCCCAGCAUGAGGACAGGGCCCUGGAGAGCCUCAUUAGCAACCAGGACUCCUCUGUCUUUCUCACCUCACAUGACAAGAGGUUGAGCAGCCACACUCCCCCAGAGCACUACACUAAUGAUUCCAUUAACAGAUCAUUCUGGGGAGAAGGGGAAGAUCUGUCUUCAAAACCCCAACCAGGAGCAUCCCAGCACCCAGUGACUGUUCACAGGACACCUCCUCUGCCUUCCUCUGUAGACGGGGCAGAGGAACAGAGUGAAGCAGAGGUGGACUGCUUCCCCAACCAAUGCACACAGGACCACAGAAGUGCCUCUAAUAGGACUAACCCUCAGGAGCAUCCUGCACCCACAUAGGUCCUUACACUCCGCCCACGUUCUGCCUCUGACUUGUCAUUGCUGCACCCCUUCCCCCUUCACCCACUACCUCCAAAGAGACUCCUCACAUUCUGCCAAAGAUGCUCUCUUGUAUGUUUACAUUCCCCUUUCACUCAAGAGGACAUACUAAAGUUCUCUGCUGUGGAAAGACUGCUGCGUCAGCCUGGAGAAAUGGACCGGUGAUAAAAGUGACCUCCUCCUUGACACUUCCACCUCUGCAGGACCCCUCUCUCCCACAUCCUCCACCACUCUUCUUUUUUCUCUUUAUAGAGAAAGCUAUGAAUGUAUGCUUUAAAGAGCCAUGUUGGAUGGGAUCCUCCCUGCUGCUGUGGGGCAGAAAUUGUAUGCCAGUGCACUGCACAUUAGCAGUUUGUUUGUCAUCAUUCCUGGCACAGACACCUGUUGGAGCAGCCUGCAUUACUUUGGUAGAAAUUAUAAACCACCUCUUCCCAAGUGGGGAAGAAUGGGUUUAAAUGGGGGACAAUUGUAGUUCCCUCACCAGCAGAUUGUGGUGGUUAAUAUAGGUAAGAACCUUGAAAGCGUAUGUCACACAUUCCCACAGCUAUUCUGACUGACUCUAAACUAUGCUAUCCAGUAUCCUGUUAUGCAAAUUCCAGAGACAGUGACACCAAAAUGUGGUGUAUAUUAUGAAUAUAUAUGAAUAUAUCCUAUAUCAUCUUUAUCUGAUCUUGUUUUUGUCCUAUGUCAAACACAAUUGUUAAAUCCUUCACUUUAUAUCUUCAUAAUGAUAAGCAGUUUGGGGAGAAAGUGUAUCUUUUUUUUUUUUGCACAUGUGACAAUCAUAGUUUUGCUGGCUAUUUUCUGAUGGUUGUCUAUUGGAUGGCCUUUUUAACAAGCAUUCUCAGUAACCUCAAUCAGGUGACAUUAUGUUUUAUAUAUACAGUAUGCACUGAUUUGUUUUCCCUUCCUCUCAUGUCUUACAGGCACUUAAUUUAAUGGUGGUAAACUUUAUUAUGCAGUGUGCAUGUUGUUUUCCAUUGUGAGGAUUUAUCAUCACGUUUUUUUUUCUUCCUCAAAAAGUUCAUGAUCCUUCCAUAGAAAUUGAUAAAGCCUUGGUUUUCACUCGGGACUGUGAAAAAUGAGAAUGUAUUGUAUUAUUUUAUACAUGUAUCUAGGUAUGUGUAUAUAAAGCUAGUUAUCUAUUGAAUUCUAUGUCCACUUGCAGAGAGGUUUGAGACGUAAGCUGCAGUAACUUUAUCAACCUUAAGCUUAUUAAUUUUAAGCCUUUAUUAUCUCAGCAUCAUCCAGACGUUUAACACGUUGGUUCAGAUAACACAUUUUCCUCAGAAGCUGAUGUUAUUUUCCUCUCAGCUGCCAGCCUCAGCAAACUGUACUUUUUUCCAAUUGUCAUCUAUUACAUUGCUUUGAGGAUUUGAAAAUGAAAACACAUCUUGUGUAAAAGAACGUGGUCGUGCUUCAUCAUGUUUGCUCUCCAGUUGUCCUUAAAAAUCCUCUUGACUAUUGCACUUCAGAGAAGCUCAGAUGUAAUUGGCUUUGGCUUUAUAUGUGACUAUCAGAAAACCUAUAUUUAAUAAAUUACACUCAGUCUGCAGUUUAUGAGGCACAUUUAACAAAAAUAAAUGCAGUCCUGCAAUAAAUCCCCCCCUUCAGGAAGGUUAUAAUGAUCCGUUUUUGUUGAAUCUCUUAGAGAGGUGUUGAUUUUCAACUGUUUGGUCGUUUUGGAAGAUGUAAUUUGUGGUGCUGUUGAACUGAAUACUGACAGGUGUUUCUAUUAUUUUGUUAUUUAGUGGGCUAGAUAACAGAAACGCAUUGAUAUCAUACUCAUUCCUAAUGGAUAUAAUGUCUGACAAGCAUUUGCCGUCCAUUUGUUUUUUUUAAAUUAUCAUUUCUAUUAUGUUUAGCGUUACUUCUACAUUCUGCUCUUUUAUUUUUGACCAAGUUCCUUUUUUCCCUCUUGUAGUGGUACAGAGUGUUCGAGGGUACUGAAUUCACACACUAAAAAUCAUGAAUGCUGACAAGCUAAUCUACAAUGCAAAUGUGUAAUGAUGCAGCUUGAACGUUUUCAAUGUAAUCUUACAUAGAGCCAAUCAACUUAUUGUUGGUUUUGAUCAGUAAUUAUUCAAAAUUGACUACAUGUGUUAAGCAGCAAAUGGUAUUGUUACACCUCCACCUGCUCUGUGGUACAUGCAGAUAUGAAUCAGAUGUCAUUCAUGCUUGCUGUUUCACUUUGAAGUUUUCAUAUUUUGUCAGUCAUGUUUGCCAAUGUGGUAUUCAAUAGAAAAAUUCUCAAGUGGUUUUGCAAGAAGCAACGUGACUUUCCUGAGUAACCCUAUAUUUCGACGCCCUCCUUGCUUCUACUGAAGCAGGUUUUUGUGGUCAUUUUCAUGCUACUUUCAAGUGCUAGAGAAAAUAAAAUGAAAGCUUGCAGUAAUAAACCAUCCUAAAGGAGUUACAUGUCUGCGGGGCAUACAUCGAUUCUAUGUUCAAUAUUUUCUGCCAACACUGCGUAACAUAAAGUGGAUUUGUAUUAUUUUAUUCUCUGAACGUCCUUUAUGACUUUAUACCAAAGUUUAGCAGUAACUGCUCUGGCAAUAUCCAAUGCUGCUUUUUUUUUUUUUUUUUUUUUUUUUCGUAUUGUUGAAGUUUUGCAUUUUGUUGUCAGUAGUAUUUUUGGACCUUGUUUACCUGUACAUUCUGUAAAGCAUGUCUAAAGAGCCUUUUUGUUACGUAGCCAUUACUCAAACAUUAAACAUGAAUUCUGAUAA